AUGGCAGACCAAGAGGAGACUUUUGCCCUUCAAAAUUCUCCAAGUGGUUCGGAUUCAAGAGAAUUAAAAAAUGAUAAUAAACCAGAGAAACAAAACGGGACCUCAAACAAAUCCCCAUCGUCACAGACAACUUACAUUCAGCAGGGUAUGGAAGGAAUAAAAGUCUACCUACACGAAAGGGAACUCUGGAUGAAGUUUCAUGAAGUUGGCACGGAGAUGAUUAUAACCAAAGCAGGGCGGAGAAUGUUCCCCAGCUUCAAAGUGAAGGUCACGGGAUUAAACCCUAAAACUAAAUAUAUUCUCCUGAUGGAUGUUGUUCCCGCGGACGAUCAUCGAUACAAAUUUGCAGACAAUAAAUGGUCUGUGACCGGGAAGGCAGAGCCCGCCAUGCCCGGGAGACUCUACGUUCACCCGGACUCUCCCGCCACUGGCGCGCAUUGGAUGAGGCAGCUCGUUUCCUUCCAGAAGCUGAAACUCACCAACAACCAUCUGGACCCGUUCGGACACAUCAUCCUAAAUUCGAUGCACAAGUAUCAACCGAGGAUCCACAUUGUGAAAGCGGAUGAAAAUAACGGCUUUGGCUCCAAAAACACGGCUUUCUGUACGCACGUCUUCCCAGAAACGGCCUUCAUUGCGGUCACAUCCUACCAGAACCAUAAGAUCACCCAGCUGAAAAUUGAGAACAACCCAUUUGCUAAAGGCUUCCGUGGAAGUGAUGAUAUGGAAUUACACCGGAUGUCCAGAAUGCAAAGCACCAAGGAGUAUCCGGUAGUACCUCGUAGUACAGUGAGACAGAGAGUUGGCUCCAGCCAGAGUCCAUUCAGCGGGGACGUCCAAGGCAUGGCCACACCCAGCACCCUGAGCUCCCAGUACUCUCAGUGUGAGAACGGGGUCACAAGCACCUCACAGGACAUGCUGCCUCAGUCGGGCUCCUACCCCCUGCCACAUGAGCAUGGCCAAGAGUACCACUGCAUCAAGAGGAAAGUGGAGGAUGACUGUCACUCAGGUGAGCACAGCUAUAAGAAAGCUUAUCUGGAGAGUUCUUCCAGCGAGGAGGACCAUUACUACCGGCCUGUUGGUUAUGCACAGAGUCUCAGCCUUGCCAGUGGGCCCUACCGCAGUGAAUCCAGCCAGCGGCAGGCCUGUAUGUAUGCCAGCGCCUCACAAGGUGCUGAAACUGUUCCCAGUUUGGAGGACAUCAGCUGUAACACUUGGGCCAGCGUCUCACCUUAUGGCAGUUGCUCUGUCACCACCAUGCAGCCAAUGGAGAGACUACCCUACCAGCACUUCUCUGCUCACUUCACCUCAGGGUCUCUGGUGUCCAGACUAGGUGGGGUGGGAGGCCACGCCUCUCCACAGCUGGGUGACGGCCACCACGCGGCAAUGUACCAGAGCUCCAUGACCCACCAGACUCUGGGCCGCCAGUGCAGUCCUGGGGCUGGGAUCCAGUCGCCGACAGCUGGCCUACAGGGAAACGAGUACCUCUAUACGCAUGGCAUACCACGCACACUAUCGCCACACCAGUACCACUCUGUACAUAGUGUCAGCAUCAUGCCAGAGUGGAGUGAGAACAGCUAA